AUGUGUCUAUUUUCUCCUGUCUCUCCGCACAGCUCCCUCUUCGACGUCUCCAACCUAAUUGGACACUCCUUCCUUGAUCUCAUUCACCUGGGUGAUCUGCCCUCGAUCACCAAACUGCUCAACAAGUGCCUAGUCACUAAAUCAUCCCUGUGGACACCCCCUUAUCGCCUCCGAAUCCCCAGUCAACAACUCAAGGUCUCAGUUGAUUCAACAAAGUCUCUUUCUCCUCCUCGCAUAAUCUGGAUAAGAACGCUGUUUGCCUGCAUGCCGGGAGACUCGCCAAUUAAAUGUAUCAACCAAAUUAUCGGGUUCGUGGGCGGUUUUCCUUUAUACAUCAAACAAUCCUACUACUAA